AUGUCUGAAGACUCGUGGGCGGUUGCAGUCGAUGUUCAAGAAGCCACAACUCCAUCCAUACAGUUGGACUUCUCUAAGAAAGUGGAUCGACUGCGAUGUCCCCGUAACAUGAGAGGAGACAUAAAUGGUAACUUCAUUAACGUGUCAGAGAAGACUGAAAAUGGAGGCUGGACAAGAGACGGGGACAAAGUGGACCUGGCUGAACAGUCCCUGCUGAACAAACUGAUCCGCCGGUCUCUGCUGCGGAACAGAAACGAGGUGGAGGUUCUGCAGCGGGACCCCAUCUCUCCUCUGUUCUCCGUGAAGACGUUUGAGGAGCUGAGGCUGAAACCUGAGCUGCUGAAGGGCGUGUACAACAUGGGUUUCAACAGACCAUCCAGGAUCCAGGAGAAUGCUUUGCCCAUGAUGUUGGCACAGCCACCUCAGAAUCUGAUUGCACAGUCGCAGUCUGGCACAGGUAAAACUGCUGCUUUUUCUCUGGCCAUGCUCAGUCAUGUAAACCCAGCCAACAAGUGGACUCAGUGCCUCUGCAUCGCGCCAACAUACGAACUUGCGUUGCAGAUUGGUCAAGUAAUCGAGCAAAUGGGGAAAUUUUGUCCUGAUGUGAAGCUCGCUUACGGCAUUCGGGGCAACAGAAUGGAGCGAGGCAUUAAGUUGCAGGAGCAGAUUGUCAUUGGAACACCAGGCACAGUCCUUGACUGGUGCAUCAAAUACAAGCUCAUUGACCCCAGGAAGAUUACUAUGUUUGUGCUGGACGAGGCUGAUGUGAUGAUCGCCACGCAGGGUCAUCGAGACCAGAGCAUACGUAUCCAGAGACAGCUGACAAAGGACUGUCAGAUGCUCCUUUUCUCUGCAACCUUUGAAGACUCGGUGUGGAGGUUUGCCGAGCAGGUGGUCCCCGAUCCCAAUAUCAUCAGGCUGAAGCGCGAGGAGGAGACGCUGGACACCAUCAAGCAGUUCUAUGUGCUCUGUAAGGAGAAGGAGGACAAGUUCACAGCCCUCUGUAACCUGUAUGGCAGCCUUACCAUUGCACAGGCCAUGAUCUUCUGCCAUACACGCAAGAUUGCUGCUUGGCUGACUGCGAACCUGACCAAAGAGGGCCACCAGGUGGCAUUGCUGAGCGGGGAAAUGACUGUGGAGCAGAGAGCCGCCGUCAUCGAACGCUUUAGAAACGGCAAGGAGAAAGUGCUCGUGACCACAAAUGUGUGCUCCAGAGGUAUUGAUGUGGAACAAGUGUCCCUUGUGGUCAACUUUGACCUCCCGUUGGACAUGGAUGGGAAUGCUGACAAUGAGACAUACCUUCACCGGAUUGGCCGCACAGGACGAUUUGGCAGAAGAGGAUUUGCAGUCAAUAUGGUUGAUAGCAAACACAGCAUGAAUAUUAUCAACCAAAUUGAGAUGCAUUUCAACAGGAGAAUCAUGAAACUUGACACCAGCAAUGUUGACGAAAUGGAAAUCCUGAUGAGCUGAAUGCUUCCCCACAUGCACGGCCCAGCAAUGAAGCACUUAGAUGUGUUACCUCAAAUGUGACUUGAGUUCUUUCAAGGCUUUUUUCUUUGCAUUUUAGUGUUUACAGAAGAGGGAUGCUUACUAAUGUUGA